CUUCACAAUUUCGGCCACUGGUUUCUUUAGCCUCUAGGGCUUCAUUGCCAUCGGCGACCGAUAAUCAGGUUAAAUCGAGAGGAACAAUCGAUUAACAAGGUAGGAUCUCAUCGAGCAAUUGUCCAAGUUUCCAUCUUGUUUUUCGUCAUAUCUUCGACGGCUAUUUGACGUGGAUAAUAAUCGCUCUGGGCUUCCGACCGAUCCUCUUCACGCUGCUGAAUCAGGUGAACAUGAAGCGUAAGCGUGGGCAUAAAAAAGGAAACAAGUCUAAGAAGCCCAAGGUGGUCUCCAAUGAAGGGAAUUUAAAUGGGUCAGCUGAAAAUGCAGAGAGUCAAAACUCUGAUAAAAGUUCUGAGGCUGCUGAUGAACAAGAGUCCAGAAUGGAGGUUGAUGCACCUUCUUCCACUGGGAGUGACCAUUCACUUAAUAUUAGUGCCGAUCGUGAUGGAUCUGCUGAUAACACAGCAGCCAAGUCAAUUGGACGCGUUAAGGUUAAACUGAAGACCUCAAAAGCACCAGAACCUGAUACUUCUUCACGUAAUGAUGUCGCUGAGAACGUCCCUCAGACGGGGUCAGAAAGAUCAGGCAUGGCUACUGAGAGGAAGGAGGACUAUGUUCCUCCUUUGCCUGAAAGAAAAUCAUUGUUCAUAGGGAAUGUUUACAGGAAAACUAAAGGUAUAAAGAUUAAACCUUCCAAGGCAGUAGCUGGCUCUUGCUCUAGUAUCGAGAAUGCAAGCGAUCCUCUCAAGACCAAGGAAGAAAAUGUUGUUCAGAAUCCUGAUUUGAAAACGCUUAAUGAGAAUUCAGAUAAGAAAACACUUAAUGAGAAUUCUGAAACCAAAAAGCAAGAACCAGAAAACGAGCCAAUUUCUCUUCUAAAAGGGCAGAAGAAGGCUGAUCAAACUUCUGGGUACAAUAAACAAGAACUGGAAAGCCCGGUAGGCUUUCUGGGCAGAGAGCAGAAGAAGGCUGAUUCAACUUCUCAAUACAAUAAGCAAGAACUGGAAAAAUCCCUUACAGUGAUAAAAAAGGUUAUGAAGAUGGACGCGGCUGAACCCUUUAAUGUUCCUGUGAACCCAGAAGCUCUUGGAAUUCCGGAUUAUUUUGAUAUCAUCCAUACUCCUAUGGACUUUGGAACAAUUUGCAACAAUCUUGAGAAGGGUGAGAAGUAUAAGAACUCAGCAGAUGUUUACAAGGAUGUACAGUACAUUUGGGAUAACUGUUGCAAAUACAACAAGAAAGGUGAUUAUAUCUUGGACCUAAUGAAGCGGGUGAAAAAAAAUUAUAUGAAGUACUGGACUGCGGCUGGAUUGUAUACUGAGCAAUCCACAGAGAGCACACAACUUGAGGAUGGUGCACAAUCAAGCCUGGGGAAAGGGUCCACAAAAGGCAGUCAACUGAAGCAGAAGAGUCAUAAACGCCAUGGAAGACACCACAAGAGUGAUUGCAUGUGUGCAGUAUGUAUUCUGAAGCGCCGGAAAAGAGAACGUGAGCACAACGCCAGAAUUGCUCAAGGACAGUCUGGAACGCAAGAGGAAUAUUCGCCUGUGGCAAGUCCCUCCAUCGAGAAUUCAUCGCUAAACAUGGGCGAGGAGCAGGACAUGGAUACCGAUGUUGACAACAGGAAUGGGGGAAAAUCAGAAACUGUGCAGAUUGACAGCCCAAUGGAAGAAAAACAAAGAGUGACUGAACCCAGACAUGAGGCGGAGGCGGAAGAGGAAGGUGAAGGGGAUCUGGAUGUUGAUGAGGAAGAUCAUGUGAUGGAAAUUGAAAAGAUAAAUGAAGCUGAUAAACACAAGAACCAUUCUGUGGAUAGAUCUGCAGAAGAGCCCAGUGAUCAGCCUGUGACUGAUACUGCGGAGAAGUCAGAUGCAGUAGUUUUGUCCGAAUGUCAAAAAUCGACUCAGCAUGAGGAGGAAGACAAAGCCAUCCGGUUACAGAAGCAGAAGGAACUACGGGAGUUGCAACGAAAAGAAUGGCGAGCAAAGAUGCACGAGAAGUUCCAUAUUGAAAACCCGAAGCUUCUACCUCUAUGCGAAGCUCUCUUUCCCAACGAGAAGAGCAAAUCUAUAUGGAGCGGACCUCACUCGCUAUUUAACCGCCGAGGCACAACUCGUACAAAGACAAGCUCCGUCCACGAAGCAAUUGAGACAUUUAUGAAGUAGCAGUUGUUUGUCUGUUAGAUUGUGAAAAGGAUUCAGAAUGUAACAUAUUUAAGUUAGGAGCCAUGUUUCAGCAUGUCUUUCUAACAUCAGGUAUCAGCUGUUAGAUUCAUCGACUCCCAGUUCUGACGAAAUAACAUCCAGAAGGUAUUUUCCUUAACCAGUCAGAUACCCCAAGCAGAAACAGAAGUGUUUCUCUUUUGAAUAAGAUUUGGUUGGAUACUCUGAAUA